ACCACGGGAGGUGCUACCACCACCCAGUCUCCUCAGGAACCCACUUACGUCAAUCUAUAGCAAAACGUCGGCGAAAGAAGAAGUGUAUACGAUAUAUGGAGGCAGGAGAUGGAAAUGAUGGGAAUCAAUCCGACGACAACCUAGGCAGCUGCGGCAGCAUGGGGGACGCCCACACCCCUCCCGAAGACGACAACGAGAGCUUGAAUCAGUCGAUGUCGAGUCCCGGGGGUCUGUCCGCCCUGAGCAGCCUCACCAGCCCAGGAGGGAUGGUGUUGCCUAGUCCGUCGACCAGUGUGGCGAGUCCCUCCGUCAGCGUGGCGAGUCCCUACAUGCUGCAGAGCCCCCUGACGCCUCACGAUUCGUUCGACGUGAAGCUGCCUCCUCCGCCCCUCCAUCACCAGCCGACUCGGAAUCCCGUGGGGACUAACCCGCACGACAUCAACAAUCCGCUCAGUGUUAACCAGUUGACGGGACAGUGCGUCAGGAACGAUCCGGCCGACACAAACGGUAACAAAGAGACGGCUCGUUCGAUAAUUAGUGUUACGUAGCCUUUAGUGAAGGGGCUCGAGGGUAAGGAUAGCCUGAAACCACCUGUGAUCGUCGUAACAGCUCGUCUAGCGGGCCAGCAACUGUUGGGACUGAGUCCGAGAGCUUCGGUGGAAGGGACUGCGUUUGUAUGUGGGGCGAUGCAGCGCGCUGAUCUCAUUAGACUCGAGUGCUGCGGGUUUUUUUUACUAUGUAACAUAAAUGUCAUUUGCCAAAUUCACCUCUAUAUAUUAUAUAUAUAUUAUAAAUAUCCCUUUAUAUUUUCUAGUUAUUUAUCGAGGGUUGAAUGGUGCCACCGAAAUCAACGUACUUAAAAGUGUUCCGUAUCUUGUCGCCAGAGUUCAUUGGGAAUAAGUAUUUGCGGUACCAAGUAGACUUUACAAGAUAUACGAGUACAAAAAAAUUUGUA